UCUAUGUCCACACAACGGCAGUCUGGAGAAAGAUACAAGGUGAUCUAGACUUAAAUCCUGUUUUAAAGAUAUAUAUGUACGUAUCUUUAUUGAUGUUUUGACUCUUCAUUCAGACAGUAAGGAAAUUAGAGGAGGAGACAGGCAAGUGGGAGAAUCAGUGAGAAAGGUGGACAGGGAUUGAACCCUCUAAUGGUAAGAUGUAUGUGACUUAUGAUGUGGAGCAUUACCACACCACAGCUCUGCAUGACUAGCAUCCUGUUUUGAUUCACACACUAUGACUGCAGUGUUUGUAAGUGUAACAGUAAAGCAAAGACCGGUAAACUGUAACUGUGUCAAUUGCGUUUGUUAUUCAAAAUAUAAAUAUUAUUGAACUACAGUAGGGAUGAAUGAUGUUUGCUUUAUGUUCUACUCCGUGUCCAUCACAGCCACAGGUAACAAUGUUUUUCCAUGAUGAUGCCUAUGGGGGUAAUCACUUUGAAUAGUAACACUGUGGCAAUAAUGCAAAAAGUAGAUAAUUGAUGGCAAUUCUAAGAAUUAAGAAAUGUUGAAUCAAUAAGAGAUUAAUAAUUUCACCUGAUAGACACAGUUUUUCUUCACUUGUGAACUAAAUAUAUCUACAAAUACUUCUAUACUAUUGGGAAAAUGAUGAACACAACACAACUCACGUCAUUUAUCCUAGCUGGAUAUAGUGACAUUGGACACUUAAAGUACUUGUAUUUCAUUAUAUUAACUGUCUUAUACGUCUCCAUAGUUUUUGCGAACACAGUGCUUAUUGUGGUAAUAUGUAUGGAGAGGAGCCUUCAUGAACCCAUGUAUCUGUUUCUGUGCAGUUUGUUUGUAAAUGACUUGUAUGGUACCACUGGUUUGUUUCCUGCUCUCAUGACUCAUUUGGUUUCAGAUGACCAUACAGUUUCCACUGUGUGCUGUUACAUACAGAUAUUUGUCUUGUACACAUAUGGAUCUAUUGAAUUCAGCAAUUUAGCAGUCAUGUCCUACGACAGGUACCUUGCUAUAUGUCAUCCACUACAGUAUAACGUCAUCAUGACACCCAGCAUGGUGUGUAUUUUAAUUUGUGUAAUAUGGUUGUACUCUUUUGCAAAAUUCAGCAUACAACUGUCUUUAACUAUUCGUUUGCAAUUGUGUGGAAACGUCAUAGACAAAGUGUAUUGUGACAACUACCUGGUAGUUAAACUUGCCUGUUCAACUUCAGACGUGGCAGUUAAUAAGAUCUAUGGACUCUGUGGUAUUGUUUUGUCUGUCACUGUCCCUUUAAUUACUAUUGUGUUGUCGUAUAUUAAGAUUCUGACCAUUUGUUUGAAAUCUUCGAUCGAGACCAGACAGAAAGCUUUCAGCACCUGUUCUCCUCAUCUGGCCUCGCUGCUCAACUUCUCUUUCGGCUGUUUCUUAACUCUGCUCCAGAGUAGAUUUGAUAGCCCUAUGAGAAAUGUUCCAACUGUACUUCACACUAUUUUAUCAGUGUACUAUCUGAUGUGCCAGCCACUUUUAAAUCCUAUUGUGUAUGGAGUUAGGAUGGCUAAAAUCAGACAGGCUUGUAAAUACAUACUACCUGUAGGUCUGUACCCUAAAACAUAAGCUAGACAUU